AUGCCACACAUACGCCCUCUCACAUCCCGCUCCACCGCAGCGCUCCUCCACCGCACCUCACCCAUCAACCGCGCUGCUGCUCCCAUCAACCGCACCGCAGCUCCCGUCGGUCGCCUUGCUCCCUUUUCCACAACCCGACGAAUCCAAGCCGCGGCACACGAAGAAGACCAUUAUGAUGCCCCCGGCGGCUGGCUCUGGGGUCUAGACCCAUCUAAGAAACAUGAGAAGGAGGGCUGGGAGAAUAUUUUCGUGUGGGGAUUCUUUGGAUCGUUGGGCUUGGGCGUCGUGGCUUAUGCGUUUAAACCGGAUACUUCGAUACAAACAUGGGCCCUCGAAGAAGCCCGCCGAAGAUUGGAAGUCGAAGGGAUCCUCAAGGAGCCCGAAUCUAAAUAAAUCUGCCCACCUCCUCCUUCCUUCGCCUUCACCGCCGAUAUAGACCAGUCAUAGUGGGAGAGAGAGAGAGAUG